AUGGACAAGAGAUUGAGAUCUGCCGGGUACAUUCCUGACCUAACUCAAGUCUUGGUAUGCAUCGAAGGGCAGAAGGAGAAGGAAGCUGAAUUGGCUAACCAUAGCGAGAGAUUCGCUAUCGCUUUUGGGCUAAUCAAUGUGAAACCAGGAAAACCUAUUCGGAUUGUGAAGAACCUUCGAGUCUGUAAUGAUUGCCACUCUGUUACUAAAUUACUCUCAGCCAUAUAUGAUCGUGAAAUUAUUGUAAGGGAUAAUAGCAGAUACCAUCAUUUCAGAAAGGGGACUUGCUCGUGCAAAGACUAUUGGUUAUAUGGUCUUUGUAGAGAAAUGUUACAACUUAAAUUUUCAGAAGUUCGUUGUAGGAUUGUAACAGUAGACUCGAGUACUUUCUAA